UUUGCCUCGAAUUGUCAAAAGUGAUAAAUGAUAAGACGAUUUGCCUUGUAUUGUUCAUUUACAUUCUGGAAAACUCAAAAAUACUCAAAAUUAUACACUAUACAAAAUUGCCAUGUCUGAUUUACAAAAGCGCUUUCAAAUCACUGCCAAAUCUGCAUUAUUGGCUACUGCCGGCAUUGGAUUGCUGUGUGUUGUGGUGCGUCAAAGAGCUCGUUUGCUAUCGCUAUUUCGCAACUAUAGAAAUCCACUGGACAGAAAGCAUAUAACCGUUAUUGAAACGCUAGACGAAUGUCAAAAUGUUUUGGAUACAUUAAAGCGUCACUGCCACGAAUACAAUGUGCUUGGUUUUGAUUGUGAGUGGGUGACAGUAGGUGGCAAGCGGCGUCCUGUAGCGUUACUUCAAUUAUCAUCACAGAAAGGUCUUUGUGCACUCUUUCGACUGUGCCAUUUAAAGCAAAUUCCAAAAGAUCUGCGUGAUAUACUCGAAGACGACAAAGUUAUUAAAGUGGGAGUUGCACCACAGGAUGAUGCUUACAAACUGUCUUUCGAUUAUGGCGUCGGGGUAGCAAGUACAUUAGACUUGAGAUGUUUGGCUGCGCUUGUGGAUGAAAAACCAGAGGGUUUAGCUAAAAUGGCAAAGUCCUUGCUAAAUGUGGAAUUGGAUAAAAACUGGCGUCUAUCCUGCUCGGAUUGGGAGGCUAAAGUUCUGCGAGAAAAACAAUUGGAAUAUGCAGCUAACGAUUCUUUAGUGGCAGUGAAAAUAUUUGAAAAACUUGUAAAUAAAAUAGAGCCAAAGCCCUUUUGGAAUAUGACUAGAUUAAAUAUGUCAAAAAUUCAAGAGCGUUUAGAACCACUUUUUGAUAUUCGUUUUAAGGAAGGAAUGUCAACUAAUUUCAAGACGGCUGGGAAAGUAAAAGGUCUUACAUCCGCGGGAAAGAAGGCAAAACAAAAGCCCAUGCAAACACGCAGUAUAAGCACACGUUCAAAGGCCUUGUAUGAUAACUGCAUUUUGCAAGCACCGGAUGGUGAGUUGCUUUGCACAAUUGAUGCCAAGAAAGCACAAUGGUAUGUUGAUCAGAGUCUGGGGGAAAUCAUAACUCAGACGCCGUUAACAGUGCGUUUAAAUUUCGAACCUGCGGGACGUGCGGUCGGUGAAGUAGGACGAUAUUAUCAGACACCAAAAGAGAACCGAUGUGUAGUUUGUGGUCGGGAAGAUCCGCUGUCUCGCAAAAAUGUGGUGCCUCGUGAAUACAGAAAACACUUUCCAGUUGUUAUGAAAUCGCACACGUCUCAUGAUGUACUCCUACUAUGCCCAAAAUGUCAUCAGCUUAGUAACAUUUGUGACCUAAAAUUGCGUAUGAAAUUAGCAGAACAAUGCGAUGCACCAUUUUGCAAUGCAGAGGUGUCCAUGAAAUAUAUUGAAUUACCUGAGCUUAAGCAAGUAAAAUCGGCUGCUCGUGCUUUAUCGCAAAAUCAAAACGAAAUACCUGCCGAGCGUCGUGAAGAAUUAAUGCAAAUUUUAGUAAAUUACUUCAAACAAGAGGAUUUACCAAGGAAGUUAAUUGAGCAGGCAGCUAACAUUGAUACAACUCGGAGCAAUGAAAAUUAUUGCCUUCAUGGUGAGAAAGUUGUAAACAUGUUUCAACUUGAAUUUGGCGGUCUCUGCGAAUUGGAAAAGUUAUGGCGACAACAUUUCCUGAUUACAAUGAAGCCUAAAUAUCUACCAGAACUGUGGAAUGUCAAUCACAAUGCCAACAGAUUGGGAAUAAGAGCAAGAGAAGGACGUAUUAGCAACGAAGAUUUGAUUGUUGCAGGUUUGGAGUUUUAUAAUUAGCUUGAUACUAAAAAGUGUGGAUAUAUUUUAGCAAUAUUUAAAAAAAAAAAACGUUUGUAUUUACUUCUAAUAACUAAACUAAAAUACCUGGUGCUCAA